AUGGCCUCCCGCCGUCCGGAGCACAUGGCGCCCGCCACGGAGUUCUACUCCGCGAAGGGCGCAGCGAAAUACGCUGCCAGCUCGCGCAUGUCGGUAAUCCAGACGGCUCUGGCCACGCGCUGCUUCGAGCUACUAGCCCUCCCGCCCAGCCCCCCUGCCCUGCUUCUCGACAUCGGCACGGGCACCGGCAUCGCCGGCAACAUUCUGUCGGACCAGGGCCACCACUGGGUCGGCUCGGACGUGUCGGAAAACAUGCUGCAGAAGGCCCUUGACGACGACGUGCCGGGCGAUCUGAUGCUCGCCGACGCCGGCGAUGGCGUCCCGUUCCGCAUGGGCUGCUUCGAUGGCGCCGUCUCCGUCUCCGCCAUCCAGUGGCUGUGCAAUGCCGAUAGGACCGAACACAAUCCCUGGAAGAGGAUGAACGCCUUUUUCGCCACGCUCUACGCAGCCCUUCGGAAGAGCGCUAGAGCCGUGCUCCAGUUUUAUCCAGAGAAUGUCGCUCAGGUGGAGCUUCUCACGGCCGCUGCCAUGCGCGCCGGAUUUAGCGGCGGCCUUUUGGUCGACUAUCCGAAUAGUGCCAAAGCGAAAAAAUAUUUUCUCGUCUUGACGGCGGGGCCCCCGGCCAAGGGAGUCGCCCCCCCGAAGCCACUUGGCGUUGAGGAGGACUCCCAAGUCAAGGUAGGGAGUAGGAGACUCGGGAAGAGGGCGAGGAGGGCACAGGAGGCCGUGUCGAAUAAGGACUGGGUUAUUUCGAAGAAGGAGAGGAGGAGGAGACAGGGGCAUCAGACAAAGCCAGACUCCAAGUACACCGGGCGGAAACGUCGCGUCCAAUUUUGA